AUGAUGGAAUCCGAAACUCGACACACCAAUGCCACCUCCGAGUCUAGCGUCAUGGACGUAUCUCCAGCUGACCACGAGCAGGUUCCUCCCACCCAAACCGAAGAAAUGCAGCAGGAAUCUGUCGCCUUAACGGAAGAGAACAUCGAGACAAGUGAGGGCAAAAACGCAAAUGUCGAGGAAGCCCACGAAGCAAAUCGCGAGACGACGGAGACUCCUGACAAGUCUGGACCUGAAAACUUCGAGGCUAAAGAGGAUGACGAGGACGAGCAGGAGACCAUUAAAUCUGGAGGGGAGACUGCAGCGGAGAGUGCUCAUGACAAGGCAGAGGUGCAAGCGCUGCCCAUCCGCGCGUAUUUGGACCAGACGGUCGUGCCGAUUCUACUGCAGGGCAUGUCGGCGCUUGUGAAGGAGCGGCCGUCAAACCCGAUCGAGUGGCUGGCGUCCUACCUCAUGGAGCACAACCCGCAAACUCAGCGGGAUGGCAGCAGCAGCAAUCAAACAAAGUGA